AUGCACACUCUCAAUAUGCAUCAGACACUCUUUGGGAGUCUUGGAGACUACACGUUAAAAAUCUGCAAACCUGGUGGCUGCUUCAGUGCUAACAGAAAGCAUAGCAAAUACAUCCACCUGGUAGCCAAAUGGCUCAACUCCCUCGAGAAGAAGUUGGACAGCCAUCAUGAGUUCAGGGUCUUCAUGAGUGCUGAGCCUGCGGCCUCUCCUGAUGACCACAUCAUUCCCCACGGCAUUCUAGAGAAUUCCAUCAAGAUCACCAACGAACCUCCCAUGGGCAUGCAUGCCAAACUGCACAAGGCCCUAGACAACUUUACUCAGGAUACUCUGGAGAUGUAUAGCCGAGAGACAGAGUUUAAGAGUAUUUUAUUUGCACUUUGUUACUUCCAUGCUGUAGUAGCAGAAAGGCACAAAUUUGGACCUCAAGGCUGGAAUCGCUAUUACCCUUUUAACACAGGAGACCUCACCAUCUCCGUGAAUGUGCUCUAUAACUUCCUUGAGGCCAAUGCCAAGGUGCCCUAUGAUGACUUGCGCUACCUCUUUGGUGAGAUUAUGUAUGGAGGCCACAUCACAGAUGACUGGGACAGGAGGCUAUGUAGAACAUACCUGGAGGAAUUCAUUAAACCAGAAAUGUUAGAAGGAGAAAUGUUUCUGGCUCCAGGGUUCCCACUUCCAGUCAAUAUGGACUACAACAGUUAUCACCAGGUAAUCUUCCCAUUUAUAGUCCGGAUUGUGCAAUGUGAACUUUACCUCCCUGGGCCAUCGCUGGAAAAUUUGAUCUUCAAAUACAAGACCCAAGAGAGCCAUAAAAAGGUAAAAGCCUUUCUGGCUGAAAUAUUAGAGAGGAUAACUGAAGAGUUUAACAUUACAGAGUUGAUGGCUCGGGUAGAAGAACGUACCCCCUACGUUGUGGUCACCUUCCAAGAAUGUGAACGAAUGAACCUCCUUAUCAGAGAAAUUCAGCACUCAUUGAAAGAACUAGAUCUGGGCCUGAAGGGUGAGCUGACCAUGACCAGCAACAUGGAGAGCUUACAGAGUGCUCUGUACCUGGAUACUGUACCAGAGUCAUGGGCCAAGAAAGCAUACCCAUCAACAUCAGGCCUGGCAAGUUGGUUUGUGGAUCUGCUCAACUGAAUAAAAGAGCUGGAGAGAUGGAUGGGAGACUUUGCCCUACCCUCUGCUGUCUGGCUCACAGGCUUUUUUAAUCCCCAGUCAUUUUUGACAGCCAUAAUGCAGUCUAUGGCUCAUAAGAACGAGUGGCCACUGGAUAAGAUGACCCUGCAAUGUGAAGUGACCAAGAAGAGCUGGGAAGAUUUCAGUAGCCCACCUCAGGAAGGGGCCUACAUCCAUCAUCUCUUCAUGGAAGGAGCCUGCUGGGAUACACAGGCUGGAAUCAUUACAGAGGCAAGGCUGAAGGAUCUGACUCCUCCCAUGCCUGUGAUAUUCAUCAGAGCUGUCCUUGUGGACAAGCAAGACAACCGAAGUACCUAUCCCUGUCCAGUAUACAAGACACGUCAGCGGGGACCCACUUAUGUCUGGACAUUUGGUCUGAAAACUAAAGAAGCCCCAUCCAAACGGGUAUCAGCUGGUGUGGCCUUGCUUUUGCAGGCUUAGCUUCUGCCAGAAGCUCUUGAAGGCAAUGAGGCUUGUGCUGGAAAUUUCCUAAGGGAAUAGACUAUGCUGACUGUGCAGCUUGCUUUGGCCAUAGGCUAAGGUGAGAAAGGGAAGCAGGUGUUUAAAAUGGAUCUAAGGAUUGAAUUUGUGGCUUCAGUUGCUAAAGUGAAAGCAUUUCCUAAGGCGGUCCUAGUAUCAGACCCCUAAUCAGAUCAUUCAAUAAACAGGUCAGAAGAAUACAACUUCAGACCAUUUAUUCACCCACAUGUAAUACUCAAAACUUUGUCUCUGGAGCACCAUUACUCUUAUUUUACUCUCUGCUCCUUGACCUCCUCAGAGAUUUCUGGGGUGGGUAAUGAGAAUAAACCUAGAAGCAAAUUAACUGUCCUUCUCACUGCAAAUAACAAUAAUUCAUGCCCUUUACCUACCCUACUAGCAUUCUGGAAUCCCCGAGGAACUCCCCAAAUUCAUCAGAGAGAUGGACAGAAGGGAGAACAUGACUUCAACAUGACACAAUUUACUAACUUCUUAAUUGACUAUCUUCCUCAAAAUUUGAGAUUAGCAAUGAUAUAAGUGAACACAGUGAGACCAAAAGAGAUCAACAAUGAAUGUUUAUUGAGUGUUAUAGGGGACA